AUGCCGAGAAGGUCGCGAAAGCGGGGUGCCACCGUUGCGCUGGCGCCGCCGGCGCGUCGCCCACGGCCCGGAAUUGAGUACCGCGCGCGGUCCGACGAGGCGUGGUACGGCGCGCGCGUGGCGGUGCAGGACGGCUUGCUGCGCGUCAUGUUCGAGACUUUCUCCGAGGAUGCGGACGAGUGGUACGAUCCAGGGGCUGACUUCGCAUCCCCGGGCGACGUGGACGCGCUCCGCGCCAGGUUUCGCCGGGAAAGCCUGCCCCUCGACGACGCCCGCUGCGGCGAUCUCCGCCCGGGCGACAUGCUGUGCCUCGCCUGCGGUAUCCCUGGCGACGGCGACGGCGACGCCAAGGAGCUCAAGUACUACGACGCCGUCCUCGAAACCGUAGAGAGGGCAGCGCAUGACACUGUGGACGGCGUGGAGCAGUGCCCCUGCCGUUUCACAGUGCGCUUUACGGAGGGGCCGCGGCGCGGUUGCCAGGACGAGGUUGGCGUCGAGGUGGUCUGCUGCGUGCCGGACUCACCGAUCCAAGAUCCGGCGCUGAGCGAGUUCCUGGACGAUGUGACAAACAGGUUCGGCGAGGACCAAAGGACGGCGACGGCAGCGUCUCAGCCGGCAGCCCCGACACCGAGCAGCGAGCGCCGGUACUCCUCGAGUAACUAG